CAAGCAAAGUACAAAAAAAAAAAAUGGAGAAGUUUGUUGAUCAUAUCACACAGUUUAACAAUAGCACCGACUUCGAUAUUUACGAUAUUCAAGGUUUUAAUUUCCUCGGAUACAUUUAUUUAAUCCCAUACCUCUUGGUGUUUGCAGUGGGUUUCGUUGGUAAUGCUCUGGUCCUCUAUAUAAUACUGAGGUUCAGGAAAAUGUGGACAACUACCAACAUCUACGUGUUCAGUCUGGCCCUGGGAGACCUUCUCUAUAUGUUAUGUUUGCUGUUUUUUGCCAUCGAAAUAGCCAGUUCUCACUGGCCUCUGGGAGCUUUCAUGUGCCGGGUGCUUUGGGCCUUGGAGACCAUGUCCACUUUUUCCAGUAUCUACUUCCUGACCGUCAUGUCCGUCAGCGUCUUUAUCCAGCUAUAUUUUCCAGCUUUUUCCAAAAAGAGGUUUGGACUUAAGGCAGCUUCAUUGACCAGUCUAGUUGUGUGGAUCCUCUGUUUGCUGCUGGGGAUUCCUAUAUUUUUCCACGCCGGUAUGGAUGAGUAUUAUAACUGUAGUGUAUUUUGGCAAAGUCCUAAAGCCCGAUGGAAUAUCAUCUAUACCUUUGUCAUGACUUUUUUGGCCCCUCUAACCCUGAACGGUAUCUGUCUUAUUCUGACAGCAACGCGGGCCAGGAACCAGAGAUCAAAUGUGCCCGAUUUUUGUAGCUUUAAGGAGAACAUGAUCAUGGUCCUGUGCCUGAUAUAUUUUAUUGCCUGGCUUCCCACAAAAUCGAUUGAAUUGAUGGCAGCUACUUCCAGUUCCUACAUGGGUGCAGGGGCCUACUUUAUAGUCAGCCUCCUACCUUGCUUGAAAAGCUGUGCUUAUCCCAUCCUCUAUGGAUUUCUCUGUGAUAGCUUCAAGGAAGCCUUCAACAGAGUGCUUUGCUGCACAAAAGUGCGUGACAUUCCUAGUCAGGGCUGUAUCCAGGAACUAGACCAUUGUACACCUUCAGCUCCGCUCCCUGAAAACUCAGUGCUCUGAAAUCUCUGUCACUAUGAAGAAAGCAAAAUCUAUGUUUCCGCCAGUUGAAGAGAAUUUGUGUGUCAAUAAAGUAAAAUCAAGUUAGUUGGGUUGGGGAGGUGAACAAGGACUUGUAACCAACCACGUUGAGAAACCACCCUCCCUAAACAAAAAAUCUAGGUGGCCCAUUUAUCAAACAGUAUUUGCGGCUAUGUCCCCGAAAAACACCAGUUUUUGUGGGUUAGCCACAAGUACUAUGUAUU